AUGAUCCACAGCAUGAUCCACGAGUACAGGCCGAAAAACACGUCUUUAGCGUACGAGCCAAAGCAAAGGGAGUUUCGGGACUUCUGCUAUCGGAAGCAGUAUUACGAUGGCGAUACUGUAACGGAGGAUAAGCUCCUCCUUUUUCUGGUAGAAGAUGUUGCAAACCGGCCGCUCAAGACGAAGAGCACGAAGGCCGACAGCGACAUACCACUGGAGAACACCCGGCUCGCCUGGCGCUCUGUUCGCAGCUACGCUACCGCAAUCACAGACCUCUACCGCACGCAAAAAGCACGCGGUAUGAACGUACACCCAUCGCCACGGGAGGAUAACGUCCGGGAGUACCUAAAGACCCUGCAGCAGCGCGAUGCCCAGCAGGAUAAGGAUAACUAUGCCGACAAAGGUCGCGAUGCUCUCUUGGAUGGUUAUACCGAGGAGGAAUUUGAACGUGUCUGCUACGAACUCUGGGCACGCGGCAGCGCUUCGCCAGAAUAUCACCUCCGGACCCUCGUGGACCUGCUUCUCGGCCAUUACAUGCUUGCACGUGGUGGCGACCGGCGCGCUGCUGAGCUUUCAGACCUGCUUACCUUCGAAUUCACCGGCGAGGGUCCGACCCGUUGUAUGCCGCUGAUCCUCACCACCCGUGCAGGAAAGCAGAACCAGCACGGCCAGCUCGAGACCGCUGGCGCCUUGCGGAAUAGGAGGCCGCUCAUCUGCAUGCUAGGCGGCCUUGCAUUCUAUCUUCUGUACCGGUGGGAUUUGACCGACGAGCUGCUCCCAGAUUUCAGCCGGCGUGCUGCCUGGUAUGAUAUCCGGCUGCUGAAGAGCUAUGGCUCUGAUCGGACAGCGGCUCUUUCUUACAAUUCGCAACGAGACUGGGUCGUCAAAGCCUUUGGCUAUGCCGGUGUUACCUCGCAAAAGAAGACGCAUGUUGGCCGCAGCUUAGGGGCGAAGACAGCCGAGCUGAAAGGCGUUAGCGAGGACCAGAUCCGCCGUGCCGGCCGUUGGAACCAGGAGCAGAUGGUUGGCUGUUACCUCAACGCAUUGCCCCGUAAGUUUAUGCGUACGAUGGCCGGCCAUCCUUCGCAGAUGGGGUGUUUCGAGAUUCGCCGCGCUGGGAUUGCACCACCAGAGGCCCUGCUUUCGAUGAUCUGGCCUGGGUUGGAUAGCUGGAAGGACCGGUUCGGCCCUAGGUCCGACCAGGUGAACGACCUUGCAGCGAUGGGCCUUACGAACCUGCUCUUCUACUUACGCGAGGUGGCCCUACAGGACUCGGUCCUCCUAAUGCAACAGUUCCCCAACAGCCCAGUAUGGAACCACCCGGUCUUUCAGCACGAGGCCUACCAGCCAUUCGCGCAGCAGGUCUUGGCCUUUGUGCAGGAGGAGGAGCAGCCAAGCCAGCUAGCUGUCCUUGUCCAGGCGAUGCCAGUCUUGGCCGACUACCUAAAGUCUAUCGACUCGCGCAAUGAGGCCAGAGCGGCCAAGCUUCAAGCCGCGUUCAAAACCGAGGUCCGAGCAGCUGAAACGCGGCUCAGAGAGGCCCAAUCUACACAACUUCAGACCUUAGUUUCGGGGCUUCAGGCGGCCGCUACAGCGGUCCUGCCACCAGCAGAAGGAGGGGGCAAGAGCCAAUGCACGUCUGCCCAGUCGAGCAUCAACAAUAGCCGCCUGGCAAGCCCCGACCCGGCCAGGACAUACAACACGCUAGAGCCAGAGCUGCAGCCGCCCCAAUACCGCAUGUGCCGGGCAGUCAGAACGGUAGAGGGCCUAUGGCGCGAGUGGACAGUCGGCCUUCGGGGCCAACCGGCCAUCGCCGCGCUCGACAGCAGAUGGGGCAGCCGAUGGCGCGCAGGGCGGCAGAGCGAGCUGCAGUGGUAUUCCCUGCGGCUCGAGGUCAUCAAAGAGAUCCGGCGUGUUGCCCAGGCAAAGCGGAUCAGCGAGCAGGCGGCGAUGGGCAUUGUCAGCAUGCAACAGCAGCGCAUUGGCUGCUCCCUCGACCAGUUUUGCAAGCAGCUGCGGGCGAAUAGGAAGGCGUGCACGCCUGGCCGCCUAGCUGUAUAA